AUGAGAUACAAUCUAAUGAGCAGCAAUGUUGCAGAGUGUCUGAAUCCAGCAUUAGCGAAAGCGUUUGAGUUUCCAAUAGUUUCAAUGAUAGAAAUUAUUCAGAUGAUGUUGAUGAGAUGGUUCUACAUUCGUCGUCAGAAGGCUAACAAUACCAUCAGUCCAGUCACCCCAGAGGUAGAGAAGAAGCUUAUGGAACAUUUGUCUCAGUCUGCAGGGUUGCCUGUCUCCCCAUCAAGCCAAGUUAUCUACCAAGUAAACACACGCGAAGGUGUGAAUUUUACAGUUGAUCUCGAGCAGAAGACAUGCACGUGCAAAGUGUUUGACACUCUUGGAAUCCCGUGUUGCCAUGCCUUAGCAGCUGCUAAAGUUUGUGGGUUACCAGUUGUAGCUCUGGUAGACGAUGAAUACAUGACAAGUGACUGGAUUAACACAUACAACUGCAAUGUGAUGCCUGUUCCUGAUGCAAAUGAUUCAUACACUGCUGAAGAAACAAGUGACACAGACAUGCUGCCACCAGAGUCAAAAACUGGACCAGGACGUCACAAGAAGAGACGUAUACCUUCGGUUGGUGAGGGACAUGUAAGUCAGAAAGCUGCGUAG